GGACUCCACCAUCACGACUUCGUGUCAAAGGAAAAGACGUGAAACCCACGUAACUCGAACCACCCUCCCAAACCUACACAUUAUACCACAACAACAACAACAAAGAAUAAAUCAGCUUCGGAAGGAUCGAGAAUGAGACUGAAGUCAAGUUUGAUUAGCUUGAAAUCAAAGCUUUCAAAAUCAUGCAACAGAUUCAUCUCCUUCUUCCAUGCUCGUUUUCGCAAUGUCAAUACCACACAAUCUUCAUCAUCUUCUUUGUUGUCUCGUCUCUGUUUUCUCAAUACUAAUAAGGAGCAGAGGAUGAGCCAGAUCAGACCCAGAAAUUCCCCGUCUAGUCUGAUCGAUGAUUCCAAGCUUCUGCAUUCAAGAAAGAUGUUUCCUUUGGCUAUGACGCAAAGGAACAAGAAAGCGAGGACGAGUCAAAGACAUAUGUUAAAGGAAGAUGGUGUGAAAGAGGCUUGCAGAAGAUUCGAGAACUAUAUGAUCCAUAUGUUCGUUGAAGAUGGGAAAAUAGAUGACUUGAUGGACAUGGAAGAGCUUCUCUAUUAUUGGAAGAAUCUUAAUAGUCCAAUCUUCAUUGAUCUUGUGACUAGAUUCUAUGGAGAGCUCUGCACUGACCUGUUUCCAAGCGACCAUGACGAUUAAAGAUCAUUGAAAUGGGUUUUAUAAUAUAUGCAUGAUAACACAGAGCAUUGGAUACAGAGUAGCUUUCUCUGUGUUCUGUUUUUUUUUUGUAAGUUGUACAACUUCAAGUGACAGGAACUUGAUUUUACUACAUUAAAUCACGGAAAUAAAAGAUAAUAAGAAAAGAUUAUUA